AUGAAGUUCAGCGUUGCUUCUGCCGUCUUUGCCGUCUUUGCUGCUGCCACAACCGUGCUGUCUGCACCGUUUGACAACUUGGUAACAACGGUGGCACCAUUCGGUAGUGGCGCCACCUCAGUACCAGAUGCGCUUGCGAUUCACAGCCAGUUGCAAGUUGUAGCUGCUACGAUUAAUCGCAGUAACACGGAUGCUAAAGCAACGACUCCUGUGCCUUUGAGCGACUCCGAUGGCGAAUCCAUCCUCAGUAUCAUGCGUCAGAUUGAACCAGUGCAGAUGAAAGCCGUGGAAUUGCUGAAAUCCAAAAAGACGACUUUCGUUGGCCUCGUUCCGUUUCCUGUCAGUACGGUCAUCAACCUCCCUGCUAUAAUAAAGGGUGACGCAGUGGCAAUCAGGGACGCUGAAACUGUGUUAUCUGCCUCGCUUGUUGCAAUUUCUGGAGCUUCUGCCAAAGCUGAGAUUAAGGCAAUUGGAGAUAGAUUGGUUGGCUCCAUGUCCAGCCUCGCCCAGUUUUAUUAG